CCUACAGCCGCCUUGGAGAGGGUGCAGGUCGCCAGUGGCGGCGGAGGGUGGGCUCUGUAGCGCUCCGUGUCCACCCAGAGAGGAGUCCGUGCACCGGCAGGAUGUCCCUCGGUGCCUAUUGUGUCAUCUGUUGCAGAAGAAUAGGAACCUCUGCUUCCCGUUUAAAAAAUCGCACAUCCUGGAGAAACAUCCGGAAUAUAAUAAGAUUUACUGGAUCCUUCAUUUUAGGGGGUUCUUUAUUUCUUACUUAUGAAGUUCUGGCCCUGAAGAAGUCUUUAACAUUAGACACUCAGGUGGUAGAAAGAGAAAAAAUGAAGUCUUAUAUCUAUGUGCACACAGUUCCUGCAGACAAGUUAGAAACUCAUGGGCUUGUUUGGCAGGCAAGAAAAGAACUUCACAAAGCAGUAAGAAAAGUGUUGGCAGCAUCAGCCAGGGUACUGCGGAACCCGUUUUCUGACUCUUUCAGCACGGUUGACAUAGAAGAUCAUGACUGUGCAGUGUGGCUGCUCCUGAGGAAGAGCCGGGAGGAUGACAGAGCCGCACGACUGGAGGCUGUGCAGGAAAUGUCACAGGCCCACCACUGGCACGACUAUCAGUACAGGGUGAUUGCUCAAGCCUGUGAUCCGAGGACCCUUAUCGGUUUGGCACGAAGCAAAGAAAGUGAUCUUCGUUUUUUUCUCCCACCCCCUCCUUUGCCAUCUUUAAAAGAAGAUUCCUCCACUGAAGAGGAACUCAGGCAUUUACUGGCUUCUUUACCUCAGACAGAAAUUGAUGAGUGUCUCCAGUAUUUUACUUCCUUGGCUCUUAGUGAAAGCAGUCAGAGCCUGGCUGCACAGAAGGGAGGACUGUGGUGCUUUGGAGGAAAUGGGCUUCCUUAUGCGGAAAGCUUUGGAGAAGUUCCCUCAGCCACGGUGGAGAUGUUCUGCCUGGAAGCUAUAGUAAAGCAUUCAGAGAUACCCUCACACUGUGACCACAUUGAAGCAGGCGGGGGCCUGCAACUGUUGCAGAGGCUCUACCAGCUUCACAAGGACUGCCCCAAAGUACAGAGAAACAUCAUGAGGAUCAUUGGAAACAUGGCCUUGAACGAGCAUCUUCACCCGGCCAUAAUCCGCUCAGGCUGGGUUUCUUUAAUGGCAGAAGCUUUGAAAUCCUUCCACAUCAUGGAGGCCUCCCAUGCUGCCAGAACCCUGGCCAAUCUAGACCGAGAAACCGUGCAUGAGAAAUACCAGGAUGGGGUGUACGUGCUCCAUCCCCAGUGUCGGACAAGUCAGCCCAUUAAAGCCGAUGUCCUUUUUAUUCAUGGCCUGAUGGGAGCAGCAUUUAAAACCUGGCGCCAGCAGGACAGUGAACGGGUUCUACUGGAAAAUUCCUUGGUGGAUGAGGACAGGUACACCACGUGCUGGCCCAAGACUUGGCUAGCAAAAGACUGUCCCGCGCUUCGCAUUAUAUCCGUGGAGUAUGACACCAGCCUCAGUGACUGGAGAGCACGGUGCCCCAUGGAGAGAAAGUCCAUUGCAUUCAGAAGCAACGAACUUCUUAGCAAGCUCAGAGCUGCUGGUGUUGGGGAUAGGCCAAUGAUUUGGAUAUCACAUAGCAUGGGAGGUCUUCUUGUCAAAAAGAUGUUGUUGGAAGCCUCUAAGAAGCCAGAACUGAGCGCUGUCAUAAACAAUACCAGAGGAAUGAUUUUUUACAGUGUCCCUCACCACGGAUCACAUUUGGCCGAAUACUCGGUUAAUAUCCGAUAUCUCCUCUUUCCUUCUUUGGAAGUGAAAGAGCUCAGCAAGGAUUCUCCUGCACUUCAGACGCUACAGGACGACUUUAUGGAGUUUGCAAAAGACAAGAACUUCCAGGUGCUGAGUUUUGUGGAAACACAACCAACAUUUAUCGGCAGCAUGAUUAAGCUACAUAUCGUGCCCGUGGAGUCAGCAGACUUAGGCAUUGGGGAUCUAAUUCCUGUGGAUGUCAACCACCUGAACAUCUGUAAGCCGAAGACAAAGGAUGCAUUUUUGUAUCAGCGCACCCUACAGUUCAUCCGCGAAACCUUAGCCAGAGACCUUGAGAAGUGACAGCGGCUAUCUCCCGUCCUCGGUGUGAAUACAGUACAGGAACCGUGGUACCCUCCUCUUCUUAGGCUCCGUGCGGUUCUCUGCAGUCACAUGGCAGCCUGGUCUGCCAGUGUGCAGACAGCAGAAGGCAGCUUUUCACAGAGUGCUGGGACAGAGCCACUGUGACCAGAGAGCCUGUCCACCUAGACCAUCCUGUAUUAUCCCAGCGCCCUGAAGGCCACUCAGCGUACCAUGAACCUGCCAUUUGGAGAGAGCAAGUUGGAACUUAGAGAGGCAGUGUUUGUCAUGUGUGCCAUGGGCUGUAAGUUCUAGUGCCAGUUUUUAACAUUAAUGUGUCAGCUACAUAUUUGGCACUCCCUCUGCACGCACACCAGUGUAUGUGUGGUCUUGCACGCGUCUGUUUUUCCUUGUUGCUGAGAACAGUCUUUUUUUUUUUUUUUUCCUAAAACUUGUUUCUAGGCUAUUUUACCUAGUUCUGCAGCGCUGUGCUCUGGAUACAGCUAGAGUAAGGAUCAGCAUAUGAAAAGGACUGUGUGAAGCUGUCAGGUACACUAACCGAGAGCUAUCAGGACUCCGACCCUCCGGCUUCCCUUUGUGUUUCCUUUAGAGGUACUUCUGGCAUGGGAAAGUAGGAAGUCAUGCUCAUGGACUUUUUUGUGUUUGAGUAAUAGCAUUAUUGACAUGAAAUUCAUUUAUUACUUUUUUCCUUUUUUUUAAAAUUGUUUUCGUUUGUGGUGCUAGGGUCACACCCAGACAUUGUGCAUGCUAGCCAAGUACUCUGCCAGUAAACCACGUCCUCAGCCUCCA